AUGCCCCGUUCAGAAGUAGGUACUCUUAAAUGGGUCUCCAAACAGAUUAAAGCAAAGGGUCUACAAAAAUUACGUUGGUAUUGCCAAUUAUGUGAAAAACAAUGUCGUGAUGAGAAUGGCUUUAAAUGCCAUAGAAUGUCUGAAGGCCAUCUACGACAAAUGGAGGUUUUUAGUGGGAAUCCAAGAAAAAUUAUGAAUGAUUAUAGUAGACAAUUUGAAAGCGCAUUUAUGCAGUUAAUGAAAACUCGAUACUCUCGUACAAGAAUACUUGCAAACACUGUAUAUAAUGAGGUUAUCCAUGACAGACAGCAUAUACAUAUGAAUGCUACUAUUUGGACAACACUCUCUGACUUUGUCAAAUAUCUAGAAGGGACAAAGAAAUGUAAAGCUGAGUAUACUGAACGUGGUUGGUAUAUAGAAUAUAUAGAUUAUGAAAGAUUAGAAAGAGAAAAAGAAGAGAAUAGAAAGAAGAAAUCAAAACAGCUACAAGAUGACAAAGAGAGAGCUAAGUUGGAGAUGUUAAUUAUAAAUUCAAAAAAUAAAAAGGAAGAUAUUACUUUAAAACCUACAGGAAUGCUAAGAAGUAAUAAAAUUGAUGAUCAAGAUAAAAUAACUUUUGAAAUAAAUAGUUCAAAUAAUAAUAUAGCUGUAAUUCAGUCUAAUUCUAUUUUAAGUGAUAUAUUUAAUCAGGAAUACGAUUCAAGUGAAGAAUCUAGUAAAACAAUUAUCCGAUCUAGUAGAAAACGAUCAAAUAGUUUUCCAAGGUAUCUAUUGGAUUGA